AUGACCCCAGGGGCAAACACUGCCCCAUCUGUUACACGGGCAAGUCUGGUCUCUGUGUCUCUGUGGUUGCGCGCAUAUCCUGAGCCUGGAGCGGAGUUCUCCUACGGGGGAAUUCUUUCAUUUGGGGGCUCGGCCGGGAGAUUUGCGACCACCCAGAGACCCCAGACCCACUUGGAGACGUGUCCGGGUGUCCACCGUCCGAUCACCCUGGGAGACGUCCCGGGAGGUAGCGGGGGCGACCAGGGACGCCUGGUGUACCCCCCUGGUCUGGAGAGUCGCGAGGAGAGUAGCUUCCUCAUUGAACUAGGCUGGCGGCGGAGGCCCUUGCCAUCCGACUCUUUGAAGUGCCUUUGGGCAACGCGGGAACGGCGCUUGUUCUGGGUCAUUUGUCUCUUGAUUGUAACUUCUGUGUCAGUUUUCCUUGAAAUUAGGACUAAGAUGGGACAGACCGUGACGACUCCUUUGACUCUAACCCUCAACCACUGGACUGACGUAAAAGCUAGGGCUCACAAUCUGUCUGUCGGGGUACGGAAGGGCCCCUGGCAGACCUUCUGCACCUCUGAGUGGCCAACCUUUGGAGUCGGCUGGCCGCCGGAAGGUGUCUUUAACCUUUCUCUUAUUUCCGCAGUAAAAAAGGUCAUUUUUCAGUCUGAAGGGGGACACCCGGACCAAAUACCCUACAUUCUCGUCUGGCAGGACCUCGUCCAGAAUCCACCAGCGUGGGUCAAGCCCUGGAUAUCUGGCCACCCUGAGCCAACUCCCACUAUGAUAGCACCGGCACAACCUAACGUGCCACACGUCGCUGUGGGGCAACCCCCGGCGGCCGGUCCACGCGAACCGGGACCAGCAGGGGGAACCCGGAGCCGGAAGGGCCGCAGUCCAAAAACUGUUCGCCCCUCCGAGUCACGGUCUCUUGCCCUCCCCCUUCGGGCAAUGGGGCCCCCACCAGGAGAUGACCAGCUUCCCCCUUUACAGUACUGGCCUUUUUCCUCGGCAGAUCUAUAUAAUUGGAAGACUAUGCACCCCUCCUUUUCAGAUAAUCCCUCUGCCCUGACGGGACUCCUCGAGUCUCUCAUGUUUUCGCAUCAGCCCACCUGGGACGACUGUCAACAACUGCUCCAGGUCCUCUUCACGACAGAGGAAAGAGAAAGAGUCCUCCUUGAAGCCAGGAAAAACGUCCCGGGGGCCGAUGGGACUCCCACCAAUCUCCCUAACCUCAUAGAUGAAGGGUUUCCAUUGACCAGGCCAACCUGGGACUUCAAUACAGCAGAAGGUAGGGAGCGCCUCACCGUCUACCGCCGGGCUCUAAUUGCAGGUCUCAGAGGGGCUGCAAGACGCCCCACGAAUUUGGCUAAGGUAAGAGAGGUUGUCCAAGGUCCAGUUGAGCCACCCUCGGUUUUCCUGGAACGCCUAAUGGAAGCUUAUAGGAGGUACACUCCUUUCGAUCCAGCUUCAGAGGGACAGCAGGCGGCCAUAGCAAUGGCCUUUAUUGGGCAGUCAGCCACAGAUAUAAAAUGGCAAGAAGAACCCCGGGAGGCCAAGAUCGUCCAUUCGAUAGAGAUCAGUGUGCCCAUUGUAAAGAAAAAGGACGUGACCGUCCACUCGAAAAAGAUCAGUGUGCCCAUUGGAGGACGGGGCUCGGUCCCCCUCCCCGAGCCCAGGGUAACGCUUCCAGUAGAGGGGACUCCCAUCAACUUCCUGGUGGACACGGGAGCUGAACAUUCGGUAUUGACCAGGCCCCUAGGAAAAUUAGGAACAAAAGAAACCAUGGUUGUGGGGGCCACAGGCAGCAAAUUCUACCAAUGGACUACAAAAAGAAAAUUGGACGUUGGAAGGGGCCGAGUAACUCACUCCUUCCUGGUCAUCCCUGAGUGCCCUGCGCCCCUCCUGGGAAGAGAUUUGCUGACCAAAUUAAAGGCACAAAUUCAGUUUACCCCUAAGGGACCUGAAGUAACCUUGGGGGAAGCCCCUGUGACUUGUCUGGUAGUCGGACUUGAGGAGGAAUACCGCCUCCAUGAAACAAAGCCUGGAGAAGUAAUUGCUUCAGAAUGGCUCACCCAAUUCCCUGAGGUCUGGGCUGAACAGGCAGGAAUUGGCAAGGCUAAACAAGUACCCCCGAUAGUGGUAGAGCUGAAAGCGCAUGCCUCACCUAUCUCGGUGAGACAAUAUCCCAUGAGUAAAGAAGCAAAGGAAGGCAUCCGUCCCCACAUCCAGAGGCUGAUACAGCAAGGAGUUCUAGUACCCUGCCGAUCUCCCUGGAACACGCCUUUGCUGCCGGUGAAGAAACCUGGCACUGGGGACUACCGACCAGUACAAGACUUAAGGGAGGUUAAUAAAAGGGCCCAGGAUUUGCAUCCCACUGUGCCUAACCCUUACAAUCUACUGAGUUCCCUCCCACCGGAGCGGGUUUGGUACACAGUGCUGGAUCUAAAGGACGCUUUUUUCUGUCUCCAAUUACACCCCAGCAGCCAACUGAUGUUUGCUUUUGAGUGGAGGGAUCCAGAAGGGGGACACACUGGACAGCUGACAUGGACUAGAUUGCCCCAGGGUUUUAAAAACUCCCCCACACUAUUCGACGAGGCACUCCAUAGGGACCUGGCCCCCUUCAGGGCUCGGAACCCCCAAGUCUCCCUCCUUCAGUAUGUCGAUGACCUCCUGCUGGCAGCAUCCACCAAGGAAGCAUGCGAAAAAGGAACCAGAGAACUCCUAAAAGAAUUGGGUGAGUUGGGGUACCGGGUGUCGGCCAAGAAAGCUCAGUUGUGCUGCAACGAAGUGACAUACCUGGGGUAUGUCCUGAAAAACGGCAAGAGGUGGCUCACAGAAGCCAGAAAAAAGACAGUAGUUACCAUUCCUGUCCCCAAGACUCCACGGCAGGUACGGGAAUUUCUGGGGACAGCCGGUUUCUGUAGACUUUGGAUACCUGGGUUUGCCUCCCUAGCCGCUCCCCUGUAUCCACUUACACGGGACCAAGCUCCUUUUGCUUGGACACAGGAGUGUCAAGAAGCCUUUGAAAGAAUAAAAACUGCUCUACUCACGGCACCAGCCCUGGCCCUGCCGGAUCUAACCAAACCUUUUACCCUGUAUGUGGACGAACGUGCGGGAGUGGCUCGGGGAGUGCUAACCCAAGCCUUGGGACCGUGGAAAAGACCAGUAGCAUACUUGUCAAAAAAACUCGACCCAGUGGCUAGCGGCUGGCCGUCAUGUCUGAAGGUAAUCGCAGCGGUGGCUCUCCUGGUAAAAGACGCUGACAAACUUACUCUGGGCCAGCGUGUAGUUAUAGUCGCUCCCCAUGCAUUAGAAAGUAUAGUCAGACAGCCUCCUGACCGUUGGUUGACCAACGCCCGAAUAACACACUACCAAAGUCUUUUGCUAAACGACCGUAUAACUUUUGGACCGCCUGCUAUUCUUAACCCCGCCUCCCUGCUCCCGGAGACAGACGGAUCCCAGCCGGUACACUCAUGCACAGACAUUUUAGCUGAGGAAACUGGAACCCGGAGAGACCUGACAGAUCUGCCCUGGCAUGGGGCGCCGAAUUGGUACACAGAUGGUAGUAGCUUCAUCAUGGAUGGAAAAAGAAAAGCCGGAGCAGCCAUAGUGGAUGGGAAGCAAGUAAUAUGGGCCAGCAGCCUUCCUGAGGGGACUUCGGCACAAAAAGCUGAACUACAAGCUUUGACAAAAGCCCUUGAGCUGGCAGAAGGAAAAGUUAUUAACAUCUACACCGACAGCAGAUACGCGUUUUCCACCGCUCACAUUCACAGCGCGAUCUACAAACAAAGAGGACUCCUCACGGCUGCAGGAAAGGAAAUUAAAAACAAGGAAGAAAUCCUUGCUCUCUUAGAAGCCAUACACCUGCCGAAAAAGGUAGCUAUUAUUCAUUGUCCUGGACAUCAAAAAGGAAUGGACCCCGUGGCAGCAGGGAACAGAAUGGCAGAUCACACUGCUAAGAAAGCCGCACAAGGAACUAUCUCCUGCGCUUUAUGUGAGCAACGAAAAAAACCCCAACCAAAAGAAGAUAAUUUCAACAACAAAAUCAUUUUGCCUCAUAAAGAAGGUGAAUACUAUGUAAAGAGUAUCCAUCACCUAACACAUUUAGGGAAAAAGAAAUUGUGCGAACUAGUAAAAGCCUCCAAUUAUCACGUACUCAGACUACGAACUAUAACAGAACAAGUAACCCAGUCCUGUAAAGCCUGUGUUCUAACAAAUGCCCACCACCCGCUCGUAGAACCAGGAAAACGGCUGCGGGGAGACAGACCAGGAGUCUUCUGGGAAGUAGAUUUCACGGAAAUCGUUCCUGGUAGGUAUGGCAAUAAAUAUCUUCUAGUCUUCAUAGACACCUUCUCCGGAUGGGUUGAAGCUUUCCCCACGAAGUCUGAAACUGCCCAGGUGGUCACAAAAAAAAUUCUGGAAGAAAUUUUGCCCCGGUUCGGGAUACCCAAGGUAAUCGGCUCUGACAACGGGCCCGCGUUUGUCGCCCAGGUAAGUCAGGGACUGGCCAAACAACUGGGGACCAAUUGGAAAUUGCAUUGCGCUUAUAGACCCCAGAGUUCAGGGCAGGUAGAGAGAAUGAAUAGAACUCUAAAAGAGACCCUCACUAAAUUGGCUAUUGAGACCGGCGGGAAGAACUGGUUGGGCCUCCUUCCCUUUGCGCUCCUCAGAGCCCGAAACACACCCGGACGUUUCGGGCUCACUCCCUAUGAGAUCCUUUUUGGGGGACCUCCCCCCUUGACCAGACCAGACGGAGUAUUAGACCCCGCCUUAGAUUCCCACUCACCCUCUGCUUUGUUUAUCCACCUUAAGGCUCUAGAGGCUGUCCGCACCCAGAUCUGGGACCAGAUUAAAGAAGCCUAUUCACCUGGGACUCCUGCGGUGCCACACGGGAUCCAAGUCGGUGAUCUGGUCCUUGUUAGGCGUCAUCGAGUGGGGACCCUCGAGCCCAGGUGGAAGGGACCCUACUUAGUACUGCUAACCACCCCAACAGCUGUGAAAGUGGACGGAAUUGCUGCCUGGAUCCACGCGUCACACACAAAGAAAGCUCCUGCUGAAGAGCUUAAGGAUGAAUGGAAAGUGGAAACAACUGAUAAUCCUCUUAAACUUCGCCUGCGCCGUCGCCUCUGCCCAGAGCGGUAA